UAAAUAAUCAUCAUAUUCUUAAUGGCUAAAAUAAAUGCAUAAAGUUCAAUUAUUACAAUUUUGCCAAAAAAAAUGGAAGACACUGAAUUUGAUAUUUGAACAUUUACAUUAUGUACAAUGAAGUAAUCAGAAAGUGCACAAAAUUAAUCUAUAGUUAUCUGUCGAUGAAUAUUUGAUUUUUUAUAUUCAAUUCUUAGUUAAGUAAUUUUACCUUAACCUUAUGAAUUUAAAGUUCUAUGAAUUUGCAAAUGAUCAACUCAUUCCCUCACAACAAAUUAAAUUUACAACAGAGCUAGUUGAUUCACAAGUAUGAAUUAAACAAGGAGAGCUUCAUAUAUUUAAUAAAUCAGUGACAAGUUGAAAAGGAGAAUCAGCACUGAAAGUUUGAGAAUAUAAUAUUUAAAUGAAGAUUGAAUUCUUCUAUCAGGAACACAAAUAUUAUUUGAUUAAACAUCCAUUUUAGUGAAUUACUAUUUGGAAUGACAAUAAUUAUACUAGAAAUGCAUAUUAAAUAACAAGAAAGACUAUUACAAAUUAAACAAGUAGG